UCUGGGGUGUCGUUACCUGGCAGCUUUCCUGAGUAUAUCAUUACCAGAACCGCAAAUUUGAGGAAAAGGGAGGAGUGUAUUACCAUUUGGUCGAUGCCUGAGGAUUAUGGACCAUUAGGUUGACGACCGGCAGUGUUACGGCUUUGGAUAACAGCCUGAUACAGUGUAGCUACUCUUUUAUUCAGGCAUUUUUAACGCGUCCGUGACUAAUAUUUAGUUGUUUUUAUUUGUAUUGCACAAUGUUGAAUUUAGCGCCUUUUUUCGACGUGAAGGAUACUCGAGGAAUAUCCUUUUGUUGUUGUUGUUGUUGGACAUGAAUGUGUAAGGUGUAAAAAACAAAAAACAAAAAAACACCAGUAUGAUACAAUAUUUUGACAUUUGUGUUAUUUUUGUGUUACGGUCUAUUGCGCAUGCCUAGUGGUAGAUAUAGAGAGAGCUGUCCGACGCCACUUCGCACCUUCCCGGCCGUGAUGUAGGAGCAAAAGUGAAGGGAGCAGAGGAUUGAAAAAGAAAAAGAAAAAAAAUGCGUUGGCAAAGUGGCAGCGUGGCGAGCAGCAAAGGAUUUGACUUCACGAUCCUUCACAAAACAGACUGUGCCACAAACUGAAGAAUGUCAGGGACACCAGAUGCAGAGGCUGAAGGAGUAGUCUCCAAAGUGAAAGUGAAAAAGGAGAUCAAGACAAUCGUGGAGAAUUUGGAAACCAUCCUGGGGGAUCUGAAGGAUGUAGCCAAAGAGCUCAAAGAGGUUGUUCAUGAUAUUGACACCUUGACUUGUGACCUGCAACUGGAGGAGGACGGACUGACAGACAGCUCUAAGACGGACACGCUCAACUCCAGCUCCAGUUCCACCACCACCACCACCGCUUCCAGUCUGGAGAAGAUGAAGCUCUUCCCCGACGACUGCAUCUUCAAACCACCUACACCCAUCCCACCGGUCCCCGUCAACACCACCGCAGUCCUGACUGUACUCAAGAAACCCCACCCGCCCUUACCCCCACCCAGACUCACCCCGAUGAGAGCCGAAGAUCACAACAUUAAGAAUCUGCCUCACCCAACAUUAGUGUUAUCAGGGAAUAUAUCCAAGGCUAACGGGUCUCUGUUGAGAAACGGUGGGGUUUUCCCAUUGAAACCAAACAGGGAGUUAUUCUCCUCCACACCGUGUUUCAUCUCUAGUGACAGUGGGAUCCCUGAGUCGGGGCUUGUUCCUACAUUGCCCAGGCCCAUGCCUCUCCUCCAUCAUGAAAAGAACAAAUGCCCCAAGGCCCCCAGCAGGGAGCCCCGUGAGAGGGAGCGUGUUCGUUUCAGUGAGAAAAUCCAGUACCACGGCUACUGCCCGGACUGUGACCUUCAAUACGAUGUAGACGACACAGAACUACACUUACAGACUGAGCUGAACGACUUAAGGCUCAGCCCUGUACACUGCUGCUCUUCUUCCUCCCCUCCUCCUCAUCCUCCUCAUUCUCUUCCCCACGAACUGAUGUUGGAGAACGGAGGCCUCUCAGUCAGCCACAGUUUCCCGCCGAAAGCAAACCCUCCUCCACCUUGUGUGCCUCCUCAUCCGACUUCCCUCAAGCCCCAGAAAACAAUCCUACGCAAAUCAACCACAACCACAGUUUGACACCGAACCCCUCGUUCUGUCUAACUUAAACAUUCUUGAAUCAUUCAUAGUGUUUUCUACUUUAUGAGCGCAUUCUACUCGAGAUGAACUUUGGAUUACCCAAAUAGAGAGAGAGAAAGGGUUGGGAAAUAGGAAACAAAAGGAUGCAGAAAACGACUGGAAUAAAGAAAAAGGCAUCGCCAUAGGCUCUGAGAUGUACACACAGAGAGAUCAGGAGGAAGCGGGACCAUUGAGAUCAUUGAGAUACAAGUGGAAGGGACACUUGUUUCAUACGCUGAUCGACCCCGGUUGAUCACAGACGGAGGAGGCCAGACAUCAACCUUAUUUUGGAAGCGCUAAUGGCUCUCGACCAACAGGAGACAAGAUCUUCUAGACAAAUUCAUAUUUUUGAAUUUUGAGCAAUGAACAACCUCCAGACACAGUUGUGUUCACAAGGCUGAAAUAAUUAUUAUUGUGAGACUGGGGAGAGACAAAAGGGCAGUCUCUGUAUGUAAGUGCAUACGGAUGGAUGAAUUUAUACAUGUGGAUAUGAUAUUUUUGUUACAUAGAAAUAGAUGAAUUAAAGGUUAGAAAGCUGCUGAAUCUCUGCUCGUCAAAAAGGUAGUUAUAGAAGUACAUGUUGGGGUGAAAUGAUGUCAGCCAGUAUUUGAUUGAUGUCUACACAGACUUUCUGCUCUGUGCGUACUCAGAUGGAAAUCAAUAGCUCCACUCAACCGAUAGAAUUUGCCUUUUAAGAAUUGUAAUUGUUUGUGUCUAGGGAGCCCGACAGGUCUGCCUUUGAGCAAAACGCUGCUCUGCUGGACUGCAGAUAAGGAGAAAAUAACAUUAUGUAUCUGUACAGUAUGUGCCAUAUGCACAUUACACAUACACAGUGCAGUUUCGGAGAGACUGAUGGUUUGAACUUGAUCAGUGGUCACUGAUCUGUGUCCAGACAUGUUCAUUGUACAUCAAAAUCUAUGUGCUCUAAUGGUGCCAUACAAGCUAUGUUUUUUUCACUAUAACAUGCAGAGAUACAGUUCAGUGUGGCAUAGUUACAGCUUUAAAGGAUCAUAGAAGAAGUAAUAAUUUGCAUCAAAUUUUAUAUGUAUACAAUUAUACAUGUACAUGUUUGAUAUCUAUAUAUUUCAGGCAUUUUUCUACAGAGACUUUAACAUUUAAAGAGAUGAUAUUUUUGAUAUUGUGUUGGAUGACUGAGAGGUAUUCUGACAAAAGCUGUCAUUCCCUUGAGGUAUGUGCUUUUCAGCAGGGCAAAGCAGGAUGAGUUAUUUAUAUAUAGCAACAGCAUAGUGUUUGUACGGAUGAAAAACAAGUGCUUCAGUAUCAUCAUAGCAAGAAUCUUUACAGAGGGAGUGGUACUGCGAGAGAGAAAAUGUAAUGUGGAGAAUAUAAAUGGCGUAAACCAAAUACCUAGUUGUGCUUUAUCAGACAGGAGGCAUGGGGCUGAAUGAAUGCAUGACUGACUCUUCACUUUGUCCUGCCAUCACUGUGUUUUUCUAUGCAUAUGUGGAGAGGCUGUCUGUUGGGGUGCUCUGCUCUCCAUGCUACAGAGUUGAGAAAUAUAUCAUUCUUAUUUCCUCAUAUGAUGUCCAUCAGGUUGCCUCAGCAGCCACAAUAAACCUGACAAACACCCUGAGUUUUACCGUAUUUUUUAGGCCAAGAAGUCAUUGGUAAUCAAAUAAAGAGGAAGAAUAUUAAUAGAUAGAUGCGGACAAAUUUUCAUGGGCCAUUUUGGAUCAAUAAAAGGAAGACAGAUGUGGGCUGGAGAGCAACAGAAUUUCUUUGAUGCACACAGCCUUUCUCCACAUUCAGACUGGAGGCACCACACUUGUAAACGCCACCUCUUUUUUCUCUCACUGGACACAGAGACUGAAUUCAUGACCAAACUGCAGACGAAUCAAGAGUCAAAGAAGAUUGGAAUGUCUCAAAAGGUUAUCAGUGAUAUUUUGUUGUGUGUGUGUAUCCACAAACUGUUGGAAAAUAACUUGUGAGAAUUAAAAAACACUUUGCACUUAA